CACAAACGAAGCUCCUCGGAUCUAGGGAGCUUUCUGCGCUCCAAAUCCGACGCGCCCAGGGCUCUCGAGGUUCAAGACUUGGUGCGGCUGACCGGGAGAAGCGUGCUGUACUUGCCUCCAGCAUUCUCUCCGUACGACCUGGUUCUUCCUACGUGCAUACGCGCGACUGCACAUUAUCUUGCUCAGAAUCCCGCCAACCGAGGCCUUUUCCGAAUCCCAGGCUCCGCCAGGACUGUGAAUGCUCUUUGUGAUUAUUACUGUGGUGAAAGCCGCAGUGGCCCUUUUAUAUCUAGCACCACCUAUCUUCCCACACUGCCGGAUUUCAUCCCGCAUCAUAUCCAUGAUGUAGCUUCUACUUUUAAGCGUAUGCUCUCUGGCUUACCACGAGGUAUUUUGGGAUCCUUGUCACUGCUCGAUGCACUUCUUGCGAUCUAUUCGCAACUUCAGGACCACCCAGAGAUGUCAGUAUCCAGGCAGGCAAGGACUCGCGCACAACUCAUUGCGCUGGCCAUUGGAACAAUUGAGUCCAAGUUACAGCGUGAUCUGAUUUGUGCAGUCUUUGGCUUGCUCAGUCUAAUUGGCCGACUUGGUGAACUAUCGCCGCCGAGUGAUGGCAAUGGUCGACCUAAUCAGUUCAUGACGUACAGUACACUUGGAGUUGUUUUUGGCCCGUUGCUGGUUAGCCUAGACGACCUCAACAACUAUGAUAUAAAGAGCUCUUCGCCAACCUCGGGCCUGCUUCUGAUCCCGAUACCACCAAAAAAGCAACGCCGUGAUCGGCAAAAGGCAAAGGAAUCCGGGGAUGCCGUGACUGCUAUUCCAGGAUUUGAAAAAUUCGGUGUUCUAAAUAGUGUUGCCGAGAUGCUGAUUGCCAACUGGCGAGAUGUAGUUCGUCAAAUGAGAGCCCUGGGGACACACCGUGACCAAGAGAUGGCGCCUUUGCAAGAGAUGCAUGCC